GCAACGCGCUUGAACAUGGUCCUGAAGUCUGUCCAAGCUGCUUGCUUGCCGGUGAAACUGACUGCGGGUGCUGAUGUCAGGAGCUUGUCGAUGCGCUUCACGAUCCUUUCGCACUCGGAUGACUGUGGUGCGGAACUCAUCUGUGCUUGCGGCUGUACUGGUGAAUCGGGUUCUGGUGAGUCUGGUGAAUCUGGUUCUGGUGAAUCUGGUGGAUCUGCUUUUGAUGCGGAUGCUGCUGCUUCUGCUUCUGCUGCUUGACUUUUCCUUGUUGCUGAUCGGAGUGCAAGGCUCAUAUACCUGCAGAGCUAUAGUGCAGACUUACUGACGAAAGCGCUCGGCAGCAGGAAGUUUGGCCAGUUCAAAGCGAUGCUUGGAGUUGGUAGAGAGGCAAGAGGGGAUAUGGAACCAGGUCAAGUGUUGUGCGGUGAAGGGCUGGAUGUACCAUCUGAA